AUGACGCGCGCACCCAGCAGGGCCAGCUAUCCACCUACAGCUUCCGUGCGCUCCAUUCCGAACUUCAUCGUCUUCGGCGAGAUGGGCGUAGGGAAGAGCUCGUUGAUAAAUCUCAUUGCUGGGGAACAAGUUGCCAAGGUCUCUCCCGACGCACUAUCCUGUACUCUCGGAUCAACUGAGCAUCAGAUCAGAGUAUCUGAUCCCCAGCUUAAUGUAAAUUUAUUUGACACAGCAGGCUUAGACACCCCCACUGUGGAUAGUCACACGGGAUAUCUAAAUGCCCUAGUGAAGGCACACGAGCUCAUCGUCUCGCUCAAGAACCAAGGAGGCGUACAUGGGUUGCUUUUCUGCGUCAAGGGCAGAGUGACAACGACUACGCAGCAGAACUAUAGAUUAAUCUUCGAGUUCCUGUGCCAGGGACAAGUGCCCCUCGCUCUGGUCGUCACCAACCUUGAGAACGAGGAGGAGAGCAUGGAUGAAUGGUGGACGCGCAACCAGGCACAUUUCAAAGCGUACGGCAUCGACCCCGUUACGCACGUCUGCAUUACCACCAUCAAAGGCCACAACAACGCCUACGCAACAAGAUACUCCGAAUCCAGGACGAAGGUGCACAAUAUAUUGAGGGAACUUGGAAGUAGGGAGGCAUGUUUGGUGGAUGUGAUUGGCUGGUUUUCAUGGUUGUGCAAGAAGCUGUGGCUUCUGGUUCCAGAAGCGCUUAGGUUAAAGCUGGAUCACUGGAACACGAUGCGGAUGCUCACGAAGCGUUGCAAGCUGAAAGAGGAACAUGCAGCGCAGCUUCUUCAAAAUAUAGGACUGCCUUCCUCAUAG